AUGUCAAGUUUGAAGCAGGCCAAUGGUCUAUUCUACUUCGCAUCGGACAUGACGGAGGGAUCAUCAUAUUCGAAUGAUCAGUGGAAGAUCAAACUACCUUCACCAGACAAACAAAUCACAGUGAUCUAUGGGGUGGAGUCACCUCUCAAUCCCUAUGGCUAUUGCUUUAGGACACCAGGAUGUAUUGAGUACUUCAACUGGACAAUAGGAUACAUGCCUCGACCAUUCAAUGACCUAAGAGAGUCAUAUUUUCACACCGAGGACUAUGACAAGUUCCUCGCACAAGAGCUGGAAACUCCAUUCAACUUUCAAACAAAUGUAAUGGCGAGCAAAGAGCCUGGUAAAGUGGCAUCGUGGCUCAAUAGUCAAUGUGAAGCACUGAAUGGCAAUGGAAAGGACAGUGAUCGAGUAGAAUUCAUGCGAAGAGUCAUGUCCAAGAUCCAUGUCGACAGUUAUGGAUCAUGUAUACACAACGCAAACAUGCCUCCUGGUGGAGAUCGUGGCGGACAUGACAUAUUCGAGGCCAAAAUCAAGGUGAUCAAGAAGUACAAGUUCUACUUUGCCCUAGAGAAUAGUAACUGUCCUCAUUACAUCACCGAGAAGGUACUCCAUUGUCUGUUCAAUGGUGUUGUGCCAGUGUACCUGGGUCACGAGACCACAUUGCAGUACAUGCCACCUGGAUCAUAUAUAUAUGCUAAGGACUUCAACUCAACGCAGGACCUGGUGGAUAGGCUGAACUACCUCGAUCACAAUGAUACAGAGUAUCGAAAGUACUUUGCAUGGCGCGAGGAUAUCAACGUGGUCAAACAAUGGUCUUCAGCAUUCAGUGUCAACGAUCCCAUGUGUGACCUCUACCGUCUGUACACACAGUUCCAGAACAACAUGGAUACCUUCCCCAGGAAGCACGCCUCUGCUGAUCCAGAGAUAUUGGAUCAAUUGAUUGAUUGA